GGGGGGGUGGGGGAGCGGGGAGAAGGCGGAGAGAAGAAACCAACCAACCAACCAAGCCACCCCCACCCCCACCCACCUCAGACCUGGUUUACGGCUCCAGGCUUAGUCCCCUGUGAGGCAGCUGAUUGGUUGGUGGGGGGUUGGUCCCUUCCCUGUGACCCCAAAGUGCUGAAGGGGGGCGGGGGUGGCCCUGUGCAAAGUGCACCCAGAAAGCCCCCUGCCUUGAGCCCCCUGGCCGGCACCUUCCCGCCUCCGGCACCAUCAAACCCUGCAGGAGGUGAUUUCUUCCUGCCCAGAGACCUUCCCGGUCCCCCCACAACUGCGGCGCUCCUGCCCCUGACAUCGGCAACCCCCUGCCCUGAGCACCCUAACUGGAUCUCCCCCCUUUUUCCUGACCUGGACUUCCUCCCUCCCCCACCCCCUGCCUUGAGGUUCCCCUAAAUUAGGAUUCCCUCCACCCCCUCUGCUGUCUUGAUGCUCGCCGGGCUGAGACGGAGGCGCUGAGAAGAAUUGGAAACACCAAGUGAUUUGGCCCUGAGGUGAUUUUUUUUUAAAUGGAGAAGUUGGUGGCUGCGGUAGCCGCUGAAAGGAGAAGAAACAGCUGAGGAAAAAAAAGGCUAACUGGAUACCUAAAAACAGGAAGAUUUCUUCUGCCAUUUACCCACGGAGAGGCAGUGAAAGUGGGACCAGCUUCCAGUACAAAGGUAAAAGAACCGUAUUUGCUAUGUGUUCUGGACACCCAAAUUUAGCAGAAUUCCCCAAAUUGUGCCUUAUGAGCACAAUGAUCACUGGCACACAUAGCAAGAGAAGUGAAAUUCUUCAAUAAGGUGAAUCCCAAUGACCCAAUGAAUCUUUUGUAAAAAGUCGACUCAGCUAGGAUGUUACACCACCACUGUCGAAGGAACCCUGAACUACAGGAAGAAUUACAGAUUCAGGCAGCAGUGGCUGCUGGGGAUGUUCACACAGUACGAAAGAUGUUAGAACAGGGCUAUUCUCCAAAUGGCAGAGAUGCUAAUGGGUGGACCCUGCUUCAUUUCUCUGCAGCAAGAGGAAAAGAAAGAUGUGUACGAGUAUUUCUUGAACAUGGAGCUGAUCCCACAGUUAAGGACUUAAUUGGAGGCUUCACUGCUCUUCAUUAUGCAGCCAUGCAUGGUCGAGCCCGGAUUGCACGCUUGAUGUUAGAAUCUGAAUACAGAAGUGACAUUAUCAAUGCAAAAAGCAAUGAUGGUUGGACUCCCCUCCACGUAGCUGCUCACUAUGGUAGGGACUCAUUUGUCAGACUCCUGCUAGAGUUCAAGGCUGAGGUCGAUCCACUGAGUGAUAAAGGUACAACACCGCUUCAGCUAGCCAUUAUCCGAGAGAGGUCAAGCUGUGUGAAAAUCCUUCUGGAUCACAAUGCCAAUAUCGACAUUCAAAAUGGUUUCCUGUUACGAUAUGCUGUGAUCAAAAGCAAUCACUCAUAUUGCCGAAUGUUCCUUCAGAGAGGGGCAGACACAAACUUGGGUCGCUUAGAAGAUGGACAGACACCAUUACACUUGUCUGCCCUUAGGGAUGAUGUGCUUUGUGCCCGAAUGUUAUAUAAUUAUGGAGCGGACACUAACACAAGGAACUAUGAAGGACAGACCCCAUUGGCUGUUUCAAUAAGUAUUUCUGGAAAUAGUCGACCCUGUUUGGAUUUCUUACAAGAAGUAACAAGGCAGCCCAGAAACUUGCAGGACCUGUGCCGAAUUAAAAUUCGCCAAUGUAUAGGCCUUCAAAACCUAAAACUACUUGAUGAACUACCAAUUGCCAAGGUCAUGAAAGACUACUUAAAACACAAAUUUGAUGAUAUCUGAUAUCAGUGGGACAUCAUGAGCAAGAUUAGGAGAUAUAUACCAGAUACUUAAAAGGCUUGUUGCCUUGCACAAAGUAUAUCCUAUGCAAUUUCUGAUUUGCUGUGAAGUCAGAAGGCAGGUAUACACUUCGGGUUUUUUGUUUGUUUUUCACUGUAGGGGAGGGAUUUUUUUUUUUACCACAUGCUAGAAGGUCUUAAUUUUGGUUUCUUGGUCCAAGUUUAAAAGGUCCAAGCUUUCUAUACAAUAUUGCAUUUAGAAAAUUGUUGUGUUUGUUGUUAUUGUUGUUGGGUUUUUUUUUGUUUUUUUUUUUAAUGAAGCGUGCAGGUUUGGAAUAGAGAAUUUACCCUUUUCAGAAUGUUUAUGGUUUCCAUUGGCACGCAUGGUAUUGUAAACCAGCUGAGCAGUUAUUAAGCUGAGUGAGGUUUGGAGGUAUAGUUUUAUCUGGGGGGGUCCAGGGAUAUGCUGGAAAAUGCCAUAAGAAAUUUUAAAAUAAAUACAGUCACCCCAUUCCAUUUUAAUGAAUACAAAUUGGCUGUUUUAUACAGUUCUUUUCCUAAUUGCUAUAGCUAAGAUACCAUAAAUCUAGUACCUCGGCUUUUCUGUUAGUGUGCUCGUGUUUUUAACUUUGUUUUUUAAUAACAGUAGUACACUACACAGAGACAUUGUGUCUCACUUUCUCUUUGUCUCUAGUUGAAUAUGUUCUUUAAAAAAAGUUAAUGGGAAAGAAAAUAACUUUAUAAAGCUAAUCUAUUCUGUUUCUAAAACAGUGCCUCCGGUGCAAUAACCUUUCUGGUGUAUUUUUUACAUUGUUUUAUUUAAUGUUCAUCAUUCCAUAGCCAGCUUAGAUAUGUCCAUGAAAGUAGGAACUGACUGCCACUUUAAUUUUUUAUUGCCAUACCAUAAUACAUUGAUUGAAGUUUUGAUUUUAACAUCUUUCCUGGAUACAUACUUUUACUUCACUCCAAGCAUAGAUUUCACACUCAUGUUGGUAGGUCUCUUUAAAAAUGUAGUCCAAAAUUUGAUGAAAACAUUUUGCUUCAAUACAGUUAAAUAAUUUGGUAUAGUUUCAAUUUUUUUUUCUGAUUAAAUUGUAAUAAAAUGUCUGUGGGGUACAUAUUUAGUAAAUCCACGUAAUUCAUAAUACAAUAACAAAAUUUACUCUAUAUUUUGAAAAUUAUUAUACUGAAUGGUUUUAUUUUCUAAGUUGACCGGGCACAUAUUUGCACUGUAAACAUAAGACAUGAUGAAGUGUCUUAGUAAUUGACAAGAUUUCUGGGACCCAUAAAGAUCUGAGAUGAUGCCCUUGGAAAUGUUUUCUGCACAUGCUUUGGCAUCAUAUUAGCUUCAGGAUGUCAUCGUUCUUAAUGUUUUUGUAGACUUUUCACAGUUUUAGGUACUGGUAAUGAGUUUGUUAUCAGAAACUUAGGUGCUGAAGCAGUUAUUAUUUUCUGUAUUGCUAGUUUCAGAUCAGAAAAUGUGAGGGAAAUGGUUUAACCGAAAAAUGUAGCUAAAUUCAGAAUUAGGCCUCCACUUUGGCUUUAUCUCUCUAGAGCCAGAAGUAGUAGCUUAAGCACAAAGCUUAAUGGUAGUGUGAAUGCACAAUAUCCAGUGGCAGUGAGGAUUAUCUUACUGUGUUGUGCCUAGGCAGUGAGCAGGUUUUCAAAAAUGGAGACCUAUAGAAAGAAGAGAUAGAUAAUAUGAUUCAUAAAGCUUUUCAAUUUCAGGAUACCAGUUAAAAAGUGGCCUAAUUCAGUAAUGACUGAAGAGUUAUUAUCACUUGGGCAUAGUGGGAUUUGAAUUGGUCUGUGCUUUUCAUAGUAAAAAAGUUAUAUGCCUCCCAAAAAUGGUCUCCAAAGAGAGGUCACAUACUUAAUAAAGGGGGAGUCUGAAAUUAACUGCCUUCUCAUUCCAUUAGGUGAUUCCCAGGACAGGGAUUAAUAAUGGUCAAAGAGGGACACUUGAAUUGUCUGAGUCCACCUGGUUCCUCUCCAUGUAUGUCACAGUGUCUAGUCCUAUAAUCUGAGGAAAUUGCAGCACCUGGGUAUGAUGAGGUGAGGGUAGGAUGGCAUGGGAGCCUUGCACUCUUUAAUUUCUUGUCAUUCCAGAGCAGUAAUGUUAGUUAUCUUAAACAUAAGAUUAUUCCCCCAUAAUUGUUAAUUUAUUAAUUUAGUUUAAAAUUUUUCUUCCCCCAUUUUGAUUCAAAAGUGUUACAUCAGUAUUUUCUAAGCUGAUUUAGCCACUGAGUUUUAGUCAGGGAGUUCCAGAUAAACAAAUCAGAUUAAGGUAAAUUCUUUGUUCUGUGUUGCUGCUGUGACUUCAGAAAAAUUAUGAGAUCUUCCUGAAAAUGAAAUUUCUAUUUAAUGAAGAAUUGUAUAAUUCCAUUAUUUAUUUGAAAUUUGAUUAUUCUGGUAACUUAAAAAGAACACUUUAUUUUGUUGUUGUUAACAAAAUCCCAAUCAUAUAUCACAUUUAACAAUAUCUAAAAUUUAUCUAGGUAAUUGGUCAAAUUUAUUGAUUAAAAUGCUAGUCUGUAUUUUAAUUUGAUUUACAUGGAGCCAUUCUGUUGUCACAAUUUGGAUAGAAAGAACAAGGACUUUUAGAAAACAAACUGAUUUGAUUAUACCAGAAAAUCUUGACUACAAAAAGUUGAGGCCAUAUUAUAAUUUUCAUUGAUACUCAUAGUUUUCUUUUAAACUACUUUAUUUAACUUAUUACUAAACCUUUAAAAAAUAUAUUUGGCAAAUACACCAAAGACGCAGGCGAGUAAAAGAUUAUGAUCAUUAAUGAACUGCAAACCUCAUCCUUUAAAACUAAGCAGAGUGUUUUGUAAAUAUUUGUGUUUAUAAAUGUACAGCAGAGUAAGAGUGUUUUUUAGAUUAUUUAAUUCCCAUAUUUCUAAACUAUUUACUACGUUAUAGUCCAUAUUCGUUAGUUUGAAAGGCUUUUGACUGUUUUGGUUUUUAAUUCAUUAUCACUCAUGCUUGGAACAGCACUUCAGCUAAAGAAUGUAGUGUUCUGGCUGGAGUUGGCAGUAGCAGAAGUGCACAUCUGGACAAAGAGGAGCAUGAUUCAUUUCUCAUACACACCCUGAAAGAGAAGAGAAUGUGUAGUUUGAUUACCAGAGUGGACCAUGAGGAAAUUGAAAUUCUAACUUUUCUGCAAAGUUGCUCACUAGCCCAAAAUGUGAUUGGGAUAAGAACAACUUCCAAUUUGCCCACAAAUUUAGCUUCCAUGUAACUCCUUGUGUGUUAUAUCAUAAUGUAUUUUGUUCUUCCUUUGUAAUGUAAGUUUUGUUUGGGUCAAUUUGAAUUUAAAAAAAAAAACCUAAACCUGGUUUAAAAAAUA